AACUCCCCCAAGAACUUAGUGGUACAUUCCACAAUACAACAUGGCCUCAUCGCAAGCGCUACGUGCCGCUGGUCUCAUAAUUUUCCGCCGUGUCCCGCAAAUCCAGUAUCUUCUGCUUCAAACGUCAUACGGGCAGCAUCACUGGACACCACCGAAAGGGCAUGUUGAUCCCGGCGAGUCAGACCUCGAAACUGCGUUGCGAGAGACGCAGGAAGAAGCCGGCCUGACAACAGAACAUCUCAACAUCGUGGACAACUUCAAGAAGGUCUUGGAAUACAACGUGAGGGGGAAGCCCAAGACGGUGAUAUACUGGCUGGCGGAACUGAAGAACAGCGACACGCCCGUGGUGUUGUCAGACGAGCAUCAGAAGUUUGAGUGGCUAGGGCUGGAGGAGGCGUGCGCGUACUCCGGGUACCAGGACAUGCAGGAGGCGCUCAGAGAUGCGCACUUCUUCCUAAACACUCAAAAUACAUGACGAUUCUCAGGAAAAUGAGAGCAGUUUUUUUUUUUUUAGAUACCAGCAAAGUGUAAUUUUACUACAAUAAAGAUAA